AUGAGAAGGGACCUAGACAGAACUAAGGAGGUCAUCAAUACCCUAAUCUACAAGUCUGAGCCGAUCGGCGACCCCACCUUUCUUAGAUUGAGGAAUAGGGACUUAACAGAUCAGGUUGAGAAGCUUAAACUAAGGGACGUCUUCAGGGACAGGGAGCUAGAAGAAAUGAGGAAUAUUGUCGAGGAUAUGAAAAAAGAAAUAUCCGAACUAAGGGACAAAGCCGAUGAAGCUGAAGAGGAUCGAAGGAAGGCGAGAGAAAGCCUUAGAAUCACCCACUGGAAAAUAAAUAACGGAGGUAUGGAAAUCCCUGGAGACGAAGACCUAGAAGGCAGAAAUGUCCAAACGGUGGACAAAGAAACCAUAACGGAAGAUGAAUUUACAUACUUACCUGUACUGGAUGCCGCAAGAGGUAGAAACCCGAGGAUGGAUGGCUACAAGGCUGGGACUGAAGAUCCGGAACCGGUCGCUGCUCUGGAACCUGAAAAAAGAAAUGAAAUAUUAGCUAUAAAUAAACAAAUGAGGGAUCUGGUUAGAAGGAGAGCGGAAUUGAAGAAACAGGGUAAGGUAGAAGAGAGUGAGACGGGUGGUGAAGCUGAACGGGUUAGGGAGAGACCUCUUCCCCAACGGGCUCCGAGGGCUAGACCAAGGGUCAUAUCUGACGUCAGAAUAGCCCCUCCAAUUAUAUCUAGAAGGGAGCCUAGUGGGGCCGGGGAGACGGACCUUGAGAAUAAGAGAGUUACUCGGAUCAACAGAGAAAAGGAUGGCUGGACAAUUGCUGCCAAUAGAAGGAAGAGGAUGAACCCGGGAAGAAUACAAGGCAGAGACAACGUGCCUCCAAGUCCUGGGAAACAGCCAAUUAGGAAACUGGAUAAUACCGGAAAUAAUAGGAGCACUUGGACUAAACGUAGACCCCCAAAAACCGCUGCGGUGCUAGUUACAAGCUUUCUAGACCCUGACAGCUCUAAGAGAGCUGAUGCCCUGGCGGAUAAGCUCAAGGACAUCCUUCAAGACCAAGCAAAAGUGGUGAGACCCAUGUGCCCAUUGAGUGCUGCCAUUAAACUGGCUAAUAUGAAGAAAGUGAGGAUCAGUUGGACGCUAGCAAGGGUUGAUCUGCUAGAAAGCAGACCGAUGCAAUGUUUUAAGUGUUGGAGAUUUGGACACGUGAGGCUUGCAUGUCCAACCAACGAUGAUUUUAGCGGUCUCUGUUUUAAAUGUGGCGGAGCUGGACAUUUGGCCCGCAACUGUAAUCGGCCUCCAUCUUGUAAACUAUGCGCGUUGGAAGGAAAAGGUCCCAACCAUAGAUUGGGAUCAAAUUUUUGCACUGCAGAAUACAGGUUAAUAAGAUCAGAACCAAUUUUAGAUCGGCAAUCACCACGAAACCUAACGGGACCAAAAUUAAGUCUCCAAGAAUUUAAUAGUAUUCUUGAUGAGCUCACGGCGGUAUUAUCUCACCGAACGAACAAAAUUAUUAUAGGCGGAUAUUUCAACGCAAAAGCUAGCCUUUGGAAUGCGAGAUCUACAGAUAGUAGGGGUCUCCUUUUAACUAGAUGGGCCGCGGAGAGAGACUUGCGAAUCCUGAAUACAGGCAACAUCCCAACCUGCGUACGCCCUCAGGGGAGCUCUGUAAUCGAUUUUACCUGGACAUCUUCAGACCUGCUCCAACCGGUUAGAAAGUGGCGAGUCAGGGAGGACCUGGAAUCCCUAUCUGACCACUUAUACAUCGAGUUCGAUAUCCAUACGGAUAGACCGGAAGCACCAUUGAACAGAACCCUCCCACGCAAAUGGAGCGGCAAGAAAAUAGAUGACGAUCUUUUUUUAGCUGUAAUGGUCUGGAAAGGAGAAGGACCUAAACUGGAAGAUCAAGAAGAUGUGAGCAAGAUGACUACCUGGCUGGAUCAGACUAUGGAGGAGGCUUGUGAUGCAGCGUCCUCAAGAGUUGGACUUGGUGGACCUCGUCGACAGUCUGUUGCCGAGCUUCGCUGGAACUGCAUUCGUGCCAGUCUUUGGCAGAGAGCCAAAAAGAGGAAGCGACCGCAUGAAAUAGUUGUUGAGUUAAGUCUAGAUUAUAAAACUAAGCGUAAAAAGUUACGUGUCGAGAUUUAUCGGCUUAAAUCGUUGGCUUGGCAAGAACUUGAUUCAAUCAACCGGGAUCCAUUGGGUCUGCCAUAUAAGAUUGUUUUUAAGAAAUUAAAAGCUGCGUCUCCCGAAGGAGGAAUUGUAAAACACUCACAAUCGCCAUAUAACACGCCCAUAUGGAUUGUACCUAAGAAAAAAGACUCCAAAGGAAAUAAACGAUGGAGAAUGGUAUUAGAUUUUCGCGCUUUAAAUGAUAAAACUAUCGGAGAUGCAUAUCCUUUACCAAAUAUCAUUGAUAUAUCAGACCAAUUAGGAGGAGCUCGAUAUUUUUCAGUAUGCGAUUCAGCAUCUGGAUUUCAUCAAAUAAAAAUGAACCGCAAAGACGGUCAUAAAACAGCUUUUACUACUCCUUUUGGACACUACGAAUUUGAUCGAAUGCCGUUCGGUCUAAAAAAUGCUCCGGCUAUUUUCCAGCGCCUAAUGGACUUAGUGUUAACUGGGUUACAAGGCAAGGCAUUAUUUGUUUAUAUGGACGAUAUCGUUAUCUACGCAACCUCGUUAGAAGAACACGACAGAAAAUACAACGCUUUAAUGGAAUGUCUCCGAGAAGCUAACUUAAAACUACAACCAGAUAAAUGUAAAUUUUUGAAAAGAGAAGUAACUUAUCUGGGACAUGUAAUCAGUAAAGAUGGAGUAAAACCAGAUCCAAAAAAAUUAGAAGCAGUACAACGGUUUCCAAGACCUAAAACACCUAAAAACAUUAAACAAUUUUUAGGACUUGCAGGAUAUUACAGACGCUUUAUACCGAAUUUUUCAAAAUUCGCCAUACCAUUAACAAAUUUAUUAAAAAACGACACCCGCUUCGAUUGGACAUCCGUGCAGGAAGAAUCUUUUGAAAUUUUAAGACAAAAACUGUGCGAAGAGCCAGUACUGCAAUACCCAGAUUUUUCCAAACCACUUAUUUUAACGACCGAUACAUCUGGAAUAGCCGUUGGAGGAAUAUUAUCACAAGGAGAGAUAAAUAAAGACCUACCGAUAGCAUACGCCUCACGAACCUUAACAGAUAAUGAAUUAAAAUACGAUACAUAUGAAAAAGAAGCGCUGGCUAUUGCAUAUUGCGUUAAACAUUUUCGACCAUACUUAUACGGAAGAAAACUCACUUUAGUUACAGAUCAUAAACUUUUGAUGUGGUUUAAAAACGCACAAGACGCAAAUAUGCGAAUACUUCGUUGGAGAUUAAAAUUAGCAGAAUAUGAUUAUGAGGUUGUAUACAAAGCGGGAAAAACAAACGUAAACGCAGAUGCAUUAUCGAGAAAUCCUGUAAAUAUCGAAGAAAUAGAUUGUAAAAUUAUAAAAAACAAGAAACUUUUAAACCCAGAUAACCCUAAAGAUGCACGAUUAGUUGCCGAACUAUUAGAAAAAUCCGAUAGCGAAGAAGAAGAAGAAGAAGAUGACGAUUUCCAUUUAUAUUUUUCCGAUAUGGAAGAAAACGAAGAAAUAAUAGCUGAAAGCGAUUUAUUAAAUAACAAUAACGAUACUCUUCCAUUUACACAAACAGAAUUAAACGAACCAGAUUAUUUAUCAAUUACCGAAAAAGCUUUAAUACACGAUCCUCCUAAACAAAAUAAAAUUCAAACGAGAAGCCGAACUGCAAGGCAAAGUAUUGAGCAAAAUAAAAUAACCGACGAAUUGCGUAACGACGGAGGAGAGAUUGAAGAAAGAAACGAUCCGCCUGAUAAAGAUUCUGACAACUCUAGAGAACUAUUAUUUUUACGAAAAGAUAACAUGGUAUAUUUCGUCGACACCCAGGGAAAACCUUUAGAUUCAGGCUCACAUGCAACGUCUUUAGAAGAACACGAAAGAAAAUACAACGCUUUAAUGGAACGUCUUCGAGAAGCUAAUUUAAAAUUACAGCCAGACAAAUGCGAAUUUUUAAAAACGGAAGUAACUUAUCUGGGACACGUAAUCAGUAAAGACGGAGUAAAACCAGAUCCGAAAAAAUUAGAAGCGGUACAACGAUUUCCAAGACCUAAAACACCUAAGAAUAUUAAACAAUUUUUAGGACUUGCAGGAUAUUACAGACGCUUUAUACCGAAUUUUUCAAAAUUCGCCAUACCAUUAACAAAUUUAUUAAAAAACGACACCCGCUUCGAGUGGACAUCUGUGCAAGAAGAAUCUUUUGAAAUUUUAAAACAAAAACUAUGCGAAGAACCAAUACUGCAAUACCCAGAUUUUUCUAAACCAUUCAUUUUAACGACCGAUGCAUCUGGAAUAGCCGUCGGAGGAAUAUUAUCACAAGGAGAGAUUAAUAAAGACCUACCGAUAGCAUACGCUUCACGAACCUUAACAGAUAAUGAAUUAAAAUACGAUACAUACGAAAAAGAAGCACUAGCUAUUGUAUAUUGCGUUAAACAUUUUCGACCAUACUUAUACGGAAGAAAAUUCACUUUAGUUACAGAUCAUAAACCAUUGAUGUGGUUUAAAAACGCACAAGACGCAAAUAUGCGAAUACUUCGUUGGAGAUUAAAAUUAGCAGAAUAUGAUUAUGAGGUUGUAUACAAAGCGGGAAAAACAAACGUAAACGCAGACGCAUUAUCCAGAAAUCCUGUAAAUAUCGAAGAAAUAGAUUGUAAAAUUAUAAAAAACAAGAAACUUUUAAACCCAGAUAACCCUAAAGAUGCACGAUUAAUUGCCGAACUAUUAGAAAAAUCCGAUAGCGAAGAAGAAGAAGAAGAAGAUGACGAUUUCCAUUUAUAUUUUUCCGAUAUGGAAGAAAACGAAGAAAUAAUAGCUGAAAGCGAUUUAUUAAAUACCAAUAACGAUACUCUUCCAUUUACACAAACAGAAUUAAACGAACCAGAUUAUUUAUCAAUUACCGAAAAAGCUUUAAUACACGAUCCUCCUAAACAAAAUAAAAUUCAAACAAGAAGCCGAACUGCAAGACAAAUUGAGCAAAAUAAAAUAACCAACGAAUUGCAUAGUGACGAGGGAGAGAUCGAAGAAAUCGAAGAAAGAAAUGAUCCGCCUGAUAAAAUUUCUGACAGUGAAAAAGAAGACGAAGAAGAAAACGAACAAAAUAUUAUUAACAAAAAUUUAAAAUCAAGAAAAACGAAACCUGCAUUUAUUGAAAAUAGAAUAACUCAUGGUAAUGUCAUAGACUCUCGAGAAUUAUUAUUUUUACGAAAAGAUAAUAUAGUGUAUUUCGUCGACACCCAGGGAAGACCUUUAGAUUCAGGCUCACAAAAACUUUUCGAACGAAAAGAGCUUCCAAACCUAGGAUUUCUUGUCUUAGGAAAGGCUAAGGCCAUAAAACAUAAAAAUCAUUAUCAUGUGGCUUUACCCAUCAGCGAGGGACAGCGAGAAGGCCCUACGGCUACCCUUAACCAAAUUAUUAAAAUUUUAGCAGAUUUACAAAAUAUGACUGAAGAUUUAAAAUUAGAAACAUUUAGUAUUGCAAAAACCGUAUUUAUUAAUAACGUUCCAUGGAAUGAUAUCAAGGUACAUUUACAAUCAAUAUUCACCGACGCUCCCACUAAAAUUAUUAUUUGUCACGGACUAAUUAAAUACCCACCAAAAGAUUUAUGUUCCGUUAUAAUCAGUGAAAUGCAUUGUUUACCAACGGGAGGACACCGGGGAGUCACAAAAUACGAGUUAAAACAAAACAACCUAUGA